AUGGAAAUGGACUUGGAGUUGGCAAUGGAAAUUCUUCAAGCAACAACUCGAAGCAAAUGCUGCCGUCAGACAACCGCUGCUGUUGCUGUUGCUGCUCCUCUUUCUGCUGCUUCUCAUGCUGCUGCUACUGCUGCUGCUGCUCUUGCUGCCACUGGUGCUCUUGUUGCCACUGCUGCUGAGGAUGGUGAUGUGCUCCUCGUAGUAUUGCUUGUAAUAGUGGUGCUGCUGUGGAAGAAGGAGCAGCAGCAGCUGAUGAAGCUGUUGAUGUUGCUGUCGUUGACGUCGCUGCUGCUGCUGCAGUUGUUGUUGCUGCUGCAGUUGGGUCGAGUCCUUCUGAUGACACCACAAUCAACAGAUCCUGCUGGGUGUAUCUACAAGCAAAUUGAAGACACGGCGUUGCUGCUUGCUGCUGCUCUGACUGCUAAUACAAGACCAGUAGCAGCAGCAGGAGACACAGCAGCAGCAGAAGCACAGCCGCUGCAACUAGAAGGCCACUCUUUCUUUAAAGGGUGCAAACGCAUUAAGGUGUAUCUACAUGCCGCUUGCCAUGGGUCUAUCGUCCUUAGAGCACUACUUGCUAAGGAUCAGAGAAUAUGGCAAGGACAUGGUCCUGCAGCAGCAGCAGCAGGUGCAGCAGCAGCAGCCCUGCAGCGGCUGCUGUCUGCUCCUCUCUUUACUUUAAGUUCCGUAACACUUGUUGUUCCUGCCUUAGCAGGUAUUCGUUUAAACCCGCGGAUGUCGGUGAAGGAAGCAGCAGCAGCAGGAGGCCCUGCAGCAGCAGCAGCAGCAGCAGUAUUCUCUAUAGCUACAGCAGCAAUGCGGCUCCUUAAGAUGCAAUCCCCUCUUGCUAGAACAUGGGGGGGGGGCAGCAGCACAAUAUAUGCGCAUAGUGACCCUGCUCGGUUAAUGUGCUCUUUAGCAGCAGCAGAAGCUCAGCACAGCAACAGCAACAGCAGCAACAGGGGAUCGUUGUUAAUGGAGUUUGAAAGGAUUACUAUCUUCUCUAAUCUUCUUGGUGAUUUAAUUUUGUCUCCUCGAGGUUCUGCUGGCGUCAGCGACAUCUUUCAUACUUCUGCUGCUGCUGCUGCUCUCCUGCAGGAAGCACAAACUGCGGCAGAAGGUGCAGCAGCAGCAGCGGCUGCAAGGAAUACAGAUGCUGCUCCUCCCUUCUUAGCAGCAGCAGAUACCCCUGAAGCUCUCCUCCCUCAUAGACUACCAGUGGAGGUGUCGCCGCUAUACCAGCGUGCUGGGCUGCACCCGCUGCCACAGGACGUACAGGAGCUGUUGCAGCGGGAAGACAUUUGCUUCAAACCGAAGCCGCCGCAUCAGCAGCACAAGGUGUACGAGCUAACACUGCAGCUGCUGCAGCUGUGGGGUGUUAAGCAGAAGCGGCAGCAGCUGCUGCUGCUUCUGCAGCAGCAACUGCAACAGCAACGGUGGCUGGAGCAUGCACGAGGUAAGAGCCGCAGAGUGUCCCAACUGCAGCAGCAGCCGCUUGACCCCGACAGCAGCGCUGCUGCUGCGCUGCAGCCGCAGCAGCAAGAGGAACAACAGCAGCAGCAGCAGCAGCAGCCACAGCAGCUGCAACAGAAGCAGCAGCGAGUGCUGAGCAAAGAAGAACUGCAGCAGCUCACCGUCAUGCAUGCAGACAGCAGCUGGUGGCACAAAUAA